GAACAAAAUAUGCUAAUAUAUUAGCUUCUAAUCAUUCAUACAUAAAUAAAAAUGAAUCUGUUAUCAACGAAAAGCUGGCAUGUUAGAAGAAAGCAUAAUAUUGCUCGUGUUAGAAAAGAUGAGGCGGAAGCAUUGGAGGAUGACAUGAAAAAACAACAUAAGCAAACACAAUAUAAAAGUGAAGCGAGACUUAAUAUAUUAAGGCAAAAGCUAAUGAAAAAGCAAGGAUUUAUUGUAGAUGAAAUGAAUACAGCUCAUUCCUCAGAUUCUCAUAUCAAUUUUUUUGCAAAUAUUGAAAAAGGAGAUAAGAUCGAAAAUUUCGAAAACGCUGAAAAAGAAGCGGAAAAAAAGGAAGAAAUAGAGAAUUGGGAAAAGAAGAUGGGAAUACUUAAUUAUUUGGGCCAAAGUGCGGUCGACUCUCAAAAAUGCGUUCCUUGGUAUUUAAAGUCCAAACAAGAUAAGGAGAAAAGUGCCAACAAGGAUUUCUCGAGAGAAAAUCAAGAAAUAGAGGAUAUAUUUGCCGCUGCCAAGAUGAAGAAGCUCGAAGAGGAUCGGCAGAAAGAACUCAAACAAAAAACGCUGGAUUACCUCAAUAACAAUUCUACAAUAUCUACUGACAAUAACGCAGGAAUCCUAAUUAAUGAAAUCCUUGACACAACACCGAAAAAAUCACACAAACAUAAAAAAGGACACAAGCGGAAAUCGACGAAAGAAUUGAUGAAAAAAUCUUCAAGGAAGCAUCGAGAUUCGCGCAGUAUAUCUGAAUCUAGUAGUUCCGACCAAUCAUGCACAAGUUUGCGAAAGAAAAACAAAUCAGACGAAACAUCUUCUUUAGAUAUGGACAAGCUCAGACGCGAAAGACUUAAACGGGAAAUGGAUGAGCGUCUUAAGGCCGAAAAUUAUAUCAAGGCUCACACCAUGACUAAAAUGUCUGGGUCGAAUCGUGAUCGUGUUGAACUUCAAGCUGAAACUGUUUUAGCGAUAUCAAACGAUCGGCGUGCAAACGAGGAUACCUACUAUAAUUCCCAAUUUAAUCCCGAUUUAAUAUCAAAUAGACGCAAGAAAUAUAAAUAAUUGAUAUAAUAUUGAAUAUAUUUUUGUAUUUAAUUAUUUAUUUAUUAUAAUAAUGUAUAUAUAUAUAUAAUAAAAUUGGUUACUCCUG